CCCAAAAAUCACCAAGAAACGCGACCCGUAAUCUUGCCGAAAAUUUUCUCUUCAAAACAAACAAUUUUCAGAUUCUAUACACCAACUCCCUUUUCUUCUUCUCCAUCGUCUGAUUGAAUUGCUUUGCAUAGAGGAAUCUUAUUCCAUUCUUGGUUUGUAGUUUUUGGUAUAGUCUCCCGCCAUGGAUCUAGGCUGCUUGGACAUGGGUUGCAUCUCUGUCUCCGAUAAGCACAGCAACGACGUCGUUCUUGAUUCUCAGGGCAAAGAAGCACAUUCCCCCGAGACUACGUCCUCUGCUUCAAAGCCUGGAAAGAGCAAAACAUUGAAAGAUAAUGGCCCUUCAACACUAAAUGCUCUAAACAAGUUCACCUCUCAGAUAAAGAAGCCCCCUCACCGCAAAAAUUCACCACUCAACUGGUUCCCCCGCAGGAAGGUGGAGUCAUAUUUAAAGAGGAAGAUAAAGAUGUUGCAGGAAGUAGAUGGCAUGAAUUUAACUCUUGAUGAGACUCUUGGUGAUUCGAAUCCCCAUUACUCAAGAGUUUUGAGGGAAAAAAUGGCAGCAAGAGAAGCUGCAAACAAGGCAAUGGAGGCCCGGAAAGCUGCAUUGGUGGAAGCAUCAUGGUGUCGUAUACUUCGGGCAGCUAGGAUCCAAAGUAAAGAGGCAGAAACUCAGCUGUUGAAAGCUGAAAAAGCUGCAGCAGAAGCUUUUGAAGCGGCAGCAUCCAUUGGAGUGAUAAUGUAUGAUAUGCCAAAUUGCCCUCAGAAGCCUAGUGAAGUAGAAACUUCUGUAAAUGGAGGGGAAUCUACUACUCAUACUGUUACAGCAUCUUUUGAAACAGCAUUUGAAGUUGAUAAAGAAGUCGCAGCAGCAGUCAAAACUGCAUUUACUAGGCUUGAAAAUUGUUCCUCUUUUAACAAAGACGAACUUAAAGACAUACUGAGAAAAAUCAGAGAGACUCCAGAUGCAGAUGAUGGUCAUCAGGACUUGUCAGAGGUUUCAGAAUGCGAAACAGAGUUGGGGACAGAACACGAAACAUUCUCUGAGAAAGAUUGUGUUAGACCUCAACAGGACCUGGAUAAUAAGAUGCCCGUUAUUGACAUGAGAAAUAGGAAAUCCAGGAGGAGGGAAUCCUUUGGAAAGCUUAAAAUGGUGAAGCUUGUGGACAUGAUGCUUGAGAGACUUCAAUGUUUUCAUGAAGAUGAGCUUUCAUCUCUUGCCACUAUAGUUGCAACAUGUGGUUUAAAUGCUACCUUAGCUGAAGUUGGAAAUGGUAAGCUGCAAAAUCUAAGUUCAAGUGCUUCCACUGUUAAUGGCCCCCGGCGUAUGUCUUCCAUGGGAGCAGGAGGAAUGAGGAACUCUAGUUUUGAAUGUUUCAUGGGUGGGAAUGUGAGAAAGAAGCAAGCUGAGUUGGAGGAGUUUCCAACUCUAGAUAAGUAUCUGGUUAGGCACAUGACCAAACUCGAAAAAGAGGUGCUGGAAGCCAGGAAUGCCCAGAAGAACGCACCUAAGGAAGGAGAAGUGGAUGGUUCCAAUGAACUUAAUGAUGGAAUGGGAACCUUGAGCAGGCUUGAAUGUUUCAUGGAUGGAAAUGUAAGAAAGAAGCAAGCUGAGUUGGAGGAGUUCCCAAGUCUAGAUAAGUAUCUGGUUAAGCACAUGACCAAACUCGAAAAAGAGGUGCUGGAAGCCAAGAAUGCCCAGAAGAAUGUACCCAAGGAAGGAGAAAGGGACGGUUCCAAUGAAGUUAAUGAUGGAAUGGGAACCUUGAGCAGUAAUAUAAAUCCAGUGGAGUCUAUUCCAGAACUUGGAAGAAUUCUUGUGAAGCAUUCUAUGAAGUUUGAGAGGGAAAUUGAAGAAGCAAAGAAGAAUGCAGGAGAGAGUUUCAUGGAUGGAAAUGUAAGAAAGAAGCAAGCUGAGUUGGAGGAGUUCCCAAGUCUAGAUAAGUAUCUGGUUAAGCACAUGACCAAACUCGAAAAAGAGGUGCUGGAAGCCAAGAAUGCCCAGAAGAAUGUACCCAAGGAAGGAGAAAGGGACGGUUCCAAUGAAGUUAAUGAUGGAAUGGGAACCUUGAGCAGUAAUAUAAAUCCAGUGGAGUCUAUUCCAGAACUUAGAAGAAUUCUUGUGAAGCAUUCUAUGAAAUUUGAGAGGGAAAUUGAAGAAGCAAAGAAGAAUGCAGGAGAGAGUUUCGGAACAGCCCAUGAGAACUCAAACAGAGAACUAGUUUCAUCUGAGGCCAUUCCUGACCUGGGAAGUAUGCUAGUUAAGCAUUCUUCAAAACUUGAGAAGGAAAUUGAAGAGACAAAAAGAAACUUUGCAAACGCAUAUGAGACUAAUGAUAAAAGGAAGGGACGAACGGAAAAGGGGGGAAUGGUUAAUCGUCCAGAACUUCCCAGCCUGGAUAAGUUUCUUGUAAAACAUGUCUCAAGACUUGAAAAGGAGGUCAUGCAAGCGAGGAACAGAAGCAAAAUUGAUGAUGAAGGAAGUAAUGCAGCAGCUUUGAAGAAAACAGCUGAUUCAUCUGCCUUAGGCUCAGAAGAACAGAAGGAUGACAGUUUCUGUUCUGGUAGAUUGGAGAAAGAAAAUAUUGACUCCAAUAAAGCAGUUUACGAAAGGAUGACAGUUUCUGAGAAGGAACUCAAAGUGAACCCAAAGGAACCAACCAUAAAUAGCCUGGAAAAGAUCUUGGUAAAACCAUUGCACAGAUUAGAAAAGGAGAAAAUGAAAGCAUCUUUAUUAGGAAUCAAGUAUGAAAAGAAUAGGCUGCGAAGAAGAGGAAACGAUGUUACAGAUUAUGAGAGUUUGGACAAAGUUUUAAUAAAGCAUGUUCCAAGAUUAGAGAAGGAGAAGAUGAGGUUCAAUGCAGCUGAGGAGGAAGUGACAAAGGUCAAGAAAAACAGCACAAAUGUGCAGUUGCAUAUAAAUGAAGAAGGAAGUUUGGACCAAAUCUUGGUGAAGCACAAAUCAAGACUUGAAAGAGAGAAGACAGCAGCCAAGGGAGCUGAACAACCUGGAGAUCAGACUAGAAUUUCUAUAUCUCGUAAAGAAGCAAGGGAAAGGGAGCUUCAAGAAGCAUGGGGAGGCUUGAGCUUAGGCAAUUCCAUGAAGCCACAUGUAUCAAAGCUCCAACGCGAUAAGGCUGCCUGGAUUGAAGCCGAAGAGGAAGAGAGGAGACAAGCUACAAAGAUGUAAACUGAAAUCUCAUGUUCCUAUGACACAUCAAAAUCAACAUUCAUGUGUUACAUAUAUACAUAUGCAUAUAUAUAUAUAUAUGUAUAGAUGGAUUCCCCUUUUUUUUUUUUUCUUGUUUUUAGCAUUCCAUACUUCAUGGACUAUCUUAU